AUGAAACAUCUCAAGUCUGUGGCUAUCAUUGGAGGAGGUCCCAGCGCGGCUCCGUGCAUCAAGGCGCUUUUGGCCGAGAAUUACUUUGGCAAAAUCACCGCCUACGAACAGCAACCGGCACCUGGAGCAGGAGUAUGGAAUUACAACGGCCUGACCCGGCCGACACCGAACCUGCCAUGCACUCGUGACAUGCCCGCAGAGCCCAUUGAGCACAAAAAGGACGGCUCCAUCAUCUACUACAACCCCAUGUACAGAGAUCUCAACACUAACUUGCCCCACAUGUUGAUGGCGUACAAGGAUUUCCCCUUCCCCGAGGGCGUGGAUUUGUUUCCCAAACGACAGGUUGUCAAACAGUACGUGCAGGACUACGCCCGGCAUGUCGUGGACCAUUUCAAGUUUGAAACCAUGGUCACCGGCUUGAAAAAGACGGGAGACGUGUGGAUGGUGGAGUCCAAGUACGUCGGACCCCAUGCCAAGGAAAACGUCCAGCCCGAGCUCGAAACAUAUGAUUACGUCAUCGUAUGCACCGGCCACUAUUCCCAUCCGUUUGUGCCUGACGUUCCGGGUCUGAAGGCGUACUCAGACAAGCAUGAGGUUCUGCAUGCCAAGUACUUUGACAACCCGGAUUCGUAUGUUGGAAAGACCGUUUUGGUGGUUGGAAACUCGUCUUCCGGCAUUGAUAUCGCCAACCAGGCGGCAAAAACCGCCAAAAAGGUCAUUGUCUCUGCCAGAUCGCCUUCCAAUGCCCCCACCAAGGGAAACAUUGAGACUGUUGGUGUGAUUACUAAGUUCCACGGUGAUGAUAUUGAUGUCGAGGGAGCUCCAGGAGUGGAGGGUUCGUCUCCCCAAACUCUCUCUGACGUUGAUGUGGUCAUCUAUUGCACUGGAUACUUGUAUUCGUUCCCUUUUCUGCACUCCUACGUGCACCAUUCAGACGAUGACCUCAUCACCGAUGGAGUUCGGAUUCGAAACCUCUACAGACAGCUGUUUUACAUCAACGACCCAUCCAUUGCGUUCAUCGGAAUGCCCAAAAACGUGGUGCCCUUCCCUCUGGCUGAAACCCAAGCAGCUGUUGUGGCUCGAGUGUGGUCUGGAAGAUUGAAAUUGCCUUCUAAGGAGACCCAAUUUGAGUCUCUGCGGAAAGAAGAGAAGGAAAGAGGCACUGGAUCUGCCCAUCAUACACUGAAACACCCCCUGGAUGCCGAGUACCAGCAGGCUCUCACUGACUGGCUCAAGGCCGAUACCUACCCCGAUCCAGACAAGGGCUUCUUUGGAGUGGAGUGGGAUGAAGAGCGGUAUAAUUGGAGACGAAAUGUCAAGAAGCCGCAGUUGGGAGAUUUGAGUCUGUGA